AUGGACUACGCCACGGAAGGGCACUCGCUGCCGUCGCCGUCGUGCGGCGAUGGCCGGAAGAGGAACGUGUGCUACUACUACGACUCCGGCAUCGCAAACGUCGACUACGGCGCCGAGCACGUCAUGGUGCCCCGCCGCGUGGCCAUGACGCACGCCCUCGUCGCCUCCUACGGCCUCCUCCCCCACAUGACCCGCCUCCGCACCACGCCCGCCACCGAGCACGACCUGCGCGCCUUCCACGACGACGGCUACGUCCGCCUCCUCCGCGACAUCACCCCGGACGGCUACUACCGCCGCCACGACAACAACAUCCGAGCGAGGGCCAGGGCGUGCCGCGUCGGCGUGCCGGACGAGGACGAGGAGGCCGACGGCGGCCACUACGACAACCCCGUCAUCGACGGCCUCUGGGACUACUGCCUCCGCUACGCCGGCGGGUCGCUCGCCGCCGCCCGCGCGCUGGCCGGCGGCCGCUCCGACAUCGCCAUCAACUGGUCCGGCGGCAUGCACCACGCCUGCAGCGGCAAGGCCAGCGGCUUCUGCUACGUCAACGACAUCGUGCUCGCCAUCCAGCACCUCCUCGACACCUUCGCCCGCGUCCUCUACGUGGACAUCGACGUGCACCACGGCGACGGCGUCGAGGAGCACUUCAAGGCCGACCACCGGGUCAUGACCGUCUCCUUCCACCGCUACGACGGCGACCAGUACUUCUUCCCGGGCACCGGGAAGGCCGGGGACGUCGGCGAGGGCAAGGGCAAGUACCGCACCCUCAACGUGCCCAUGAAGGCGGGCAUGGACGACGCCUCGUACCUGCACAGCCUCUUCGUGCCCAUCAUGGACACCGUCAUGAGCAGGUUCCAACCUGACGCCGUCGUGCUGCAAUGCGGCGCCGACUCGCUUUACGGCGACAGGCUCGGCGGAUUCAACCUGUCCGUGAGUGGCCACGCCGCAUGCGUCAGCUACCUCCGGAGCUGCAACGUGCCGCUGCUCCUCCUCGGCGGCGGCGGGUACACCGUCAACCACGUCGCCUCCUGCUGGUGCUACGAGACGGCGGUCGCCGUCGGCAAGGAAGAGGAGAUCCCCGACGACAUACCGCACCACGGCUACGAGCACUACUACAGGGACCAGGGCUACAAGCUCCAUUACCCGGUGCCCAAGAAGAGCAGUAUCAAGAAGGAAGACGUCGACAAGAUAAAGCAGGACGCCCUCGAAAACCUAUCCAUGCUCAACGAGCCACCGCCCACGUCGACUGUAGUACUGCACCACCGGCCAAGCACAACCCAUGCGAUCGACCACCACAAGGCCCUCUACGACGACGACUACAACCCUAGGUCCAAGAGACACAGGGAAGAUGACGACCCCAUGGAGAGGCUGCACCGCCUCUGCGGCAAGGCGGACGCCAUCAAGUUCUUCACCGACCUGGGGAAGACGUACAUGAAAGGAAAAAAUAUUAAUAGUCCUACAAGAUCAGCCCCCUCGUCUAUUCAAAGUAGACCCAACUCAAAAGAUUAG